ACAUAACUAAAUUCUUUGAUAGAAAUGGCUACUUCUACUUCAACUCUACAGUUCCAACUUUUGAGACCCUCAAAUUUGUUUUUAAGAAAACCCUCCUUAUUAAUUUCUUCCACGCCCAAAACUCAUCUAACCCAAUAUCUGAGCCACAUUCAUUCUCCAAUAAAAUCUACUUAUUCUCAAUUUACAUCUUUAUCAUCAUCAUCAUCAAAACCUAGAUUCUCAGUCUCUUCUGAGAGUAAUUUUGGUGGGUUUUUGAGUAAUCAGAAGAGAAGGAGAGGGUUUUAUAGUGAAAGAAGAGGAGUAGUAGCUAUGGCUGGAGGUCCUGUUCAGAAAUCAGAGGAUGAAUGGAGAGCUAUUCUGUCUCCUGAACAGUUUAGAAUUCUCAGACAGAAAGGAACUGAGUAUCCAGGUACUGGUGAAUACAACAAGUUUUAUGGUGAUGGGGUUUAUACUUGUGCUGGUUGCAACACACCACUAUAUAAAUCAACCACUAAAUUUGACUCUGGUUGUGGUUGGCCAGCUUUUUUUGAGGGUCUUCCUGGAGCCAUUACACGGACUGCGGACCCUGAUGGAAGGAGAAUUGAGAUAACUUGCACUGCUUGUGGGGGUCACCUGGGACACGUUUUUAAAGGCGAAGGGUUUAAGACACCUACAGAUGAACGUCACUGUGUUAAUAGUGUUUCUCUCAAGUUUAGCCCUGGUUCUUAGUUCCAAGUUUACUAUACAUGUUGACAUGUUGUCUCUGUAAGUGACCAGCAUAAAAGUCCUGAUGCUUUGAACUAUAUCAGUAUUUUCUGUUACCUUGAAUAAUAACAUUUCAUUUUCUUCCCAAGUAUGUUAAGAAUUGGAUCCUGAAUUUUAUAAUGCAAAAUGAGGUAGUUCUCUCUGA